CCUGAGCCCUGCGCUUGCGUGUUCCCCGUGAACCAACAAUAAACCGGCACAAACCGGGAGCCCCGUGACACGGAGAGCCGCUCCUCCACACCGAGCCCCCACCUCCCCCCUCUAUCAUACCGAGUGCUCAGCCUGCUGUGAGCGACGUGCGGGCACCGGCAGCCUUCCCAUCAUGCACUGCUUUAUUGUGACUGGUCGCUCAGGGAGAUAAUAGGAGAGGGCCGGCCGGCCGGCGGACACACUGCACCGGGAGACAGGACAUGACCCCCAGCACGGCAUCACUGUGACACCCGCCCUGUAAGAACAUACCGUACCAUAUCGUACCAUACCAUACCAUACUAUACCAUACUAUACUAUACCAUACUGUAUAUAUACAUAGUGUAUCUGCUUACCGAGCACACAGCACAGACAUUGAUAAUAAUCAUAGAAUACUGUGUAUAGAUAUUAUAUUUACAGUAUCUACCUCUGUCAUAGCAUACUGUGUAUAUAUAUAUAUAUAUAUUGUAUUAUAUUUACAGUAUAUACCUCUGUCAUAGCAUACUGUGUAUAUAUUAUAUUAUAUUUACAGUAUAUACUAUAUAUACAUAGUGUAUCUGCUUACCGAGCACACAGCACAGACAAUAAUAAUAGCAUACUGUGUAUAGAUAUAUUUACAAUAUAUACCUCUCAUAGCAUAAUGUAUAGAUAUCAUAUUAUAUUCUAUUUACAGUAUCUACCUCAGCAUACUGUGUAUAAAUUAUAUUUAUAUACAGUAUCUACCUCUCAUAGCAUACUGUGUAUAAAUUAUAUUUAUUUACAGUAUCUACCUCUGAUAGCAUACUGUGUAUAAAUAUUACGUUUAUUUACAGUAUCUACCUCUGUCAUAGCAUACUGUGUCUGUGUGUCUAUAUAUAUAUAUAUAUAUAUAUAUAUAUAUAUAUAUAUAUAUUAUUAUGUUUACAGUAUAUACCUCUGUCAUAGCAUAAUGUAUAGAUAUCAUAUAUUUACAGUAUCUACCUCUGUCAUAGCAUACUGUGUAUAUAUUGUAUUAUAUUUACAGUAUAUACCUCUCAUAGUAUACUGUCUAUAUAUUAUAUUUAUUUACAGUAUCUACCUCUCAUAGCAUACUGUGUAUAUAUAUAUUAGAUUUACAGUAUAUACAUCUGUCAUACCAUAAUGUAUAGCUAUCAUAUUUACAGUAUCUACCUCUGUCAUCAUAGCAUACUGUGUAUAUUUAUAUUAUAUUUACAGUAUCUACCUCUGUAAUAAUUAUAGCAUACCGUGUACAUUUAUAUAUUACGUCACAAUUAUGUACAGUAUCUACCUCUGGUAGAGUCAUAACUUACUGUAUAGACAAUAUAUUUAUAAUACAAUUAUUUACAGUAUCUACCUCUGUAAUAAACAUAGCACAAUGUGUGUAUAUGUAUGUGUGUGUGUGUGUGUAUGUGUAUAUAUAUAUAUAUAUAUAUAUAUAUCAUAAUUAUUUACAGUAUCUACCUGGUAGAGUCAUAGCAUAGUGUAUAGACAAUAUAUGUAUAUUAAAAUAUACAGUACAUACACCUCUGUAAGAGUCAUAGCAUAUUGUAUGGCCAACAGUAUUAUUUACAAUAUCUACCUCCGUAAGAGUCAUAUUCAUAGCCUACUGUAUAGACAAUAUAUUUAAUUAUGUAUCAUAUGAAUGGACAAUAUCUACUAAAGUAAGAGGCUUAUUGUUAAACAUCAUAUUUAUUUUAUCAUAUAUACAGUAUAUACCUAUAUGAUUCAUAUCUGUAACAUUCUGUAUUCUGAAUACUCUACUAUAUUUAUAUAAUAUAUCUUAUAUGUAUGGUUAAUACCUGUGUAAGCUAUUCAUAGCUUACUUAAAAAACAGCAUAUUUAUAUACUCUAUAAUAUAUGUUCAGUAUAUACCUCUAUAAGCGUCAUAUACUUAGCAUACUGUACAGACAGUAUAUUCAUAGAUUAUAUCAUAUAUAGCUACAGCAUAUACCUCUGUAAAAUUUGUAUUCACAUCAAAUCAACAAAUGCCUACUGAGAAAAAGUGAUAUGAAAAAAUUUAGAUUGUUACAUCAGGUCUGUUUAUUAUUAUAUACAGAUGAAUAAAUCCAUAUACAUACGAAAACACCAAAGAUAGUUAAAGGGACACUAUAGGCAGCCAAACCACUUCAGCUGAUUGAAGUGGCCUGGUGCAUAGUCCCAGGUCCCUUAACCCUGGAAAGAUAAUUAUUGCAGUUUUGAGGGUUAACUCCACCUCUAGAGGCUGUCUACCAGACAGCCACUAGUGGGACUUCCGGGCUGUUAGGUAACUUUUGGUCACCUAACUGACGCUGGACGUCCUCAUGCUAUACAUGAGGACAUCCAGCAAAAUGUAAAACCCUAUAGGAAAAUAUUAUACAUGCUUUCCUAUGGGGGAAAUACCAAUGCGAGCGAGGCCAUUGCCACUAUAGAGAGCUAUAGUGCCAGUAAAACAAAUUUGUUUUCCUGGCACUAUAGUUUCCCUUUAAUCCCUUAAGGACCAAACUUCUGGAAUAAAAGGGAAUCAUGACAUGUCACACAUGUUAUGUGUCCUUAAGGGGUUAAGCUAACGCCAGAAAAAUAAUGUAUCAACUUACAAUUGUAACCACUUGGUUAAACACACUUGAUAUAAUGUAUCAGCAAAAAGCUGCAGGCUCCUGUUUUAGGGAUUGGCUGUCAAAUUAUAAAGUACUAAAAUACAUAGGGAUCUAAUCACUGUUUUAGUACGUUAUCAGAUCCAUAGUGCUCUUUGUUUUGAAUAUUUAUUGAUAUUAAAACAUAGAUUAAAAACCCUCACAAUACUGCUGUGAUCGAGACACUUGUCAGGGAACACAGUCCUUUACUGCUGCUGCCCACUUCCAACAAUCCCUCAGUUAACCGAUUUGUGAAGGUAGAUCAGAACUCCUUACUGUGAGUGUUUUAAAUCUGUGUUAUUCUCAAUAACUGUUCAAAACGGAGAGCACAAUCGAUGUUAUUUUCUUCUUUACAGAUCCAUAGAUCAUCUGUUGACACUACCAUAGAACUGUCUGAGUGGUCUUUGACGUAAUUUGAUCCCUAUGUAUUUUAGUACUAUAUCAUUUGACAGCCAGGUCCUAGUGACUCCUGUUUAUUAUAGGCAGGAGGCUGCAGACUUUAGCUGAUACAUUAUAUCAAUUGUGUUUAACCAAAUGGUUACAAUUGUAAGUGGAUACACUAUUUUUGUGGACUAAGCUUAAAGGGACACUCUGAGCACCAAACAACUUCAUCUAAAUGAAGUUGUGUUGGUGCCGAGCGGCCCCCGGGUGCACUUUUACCUUAAUACUCUUAAUCUCUUGUAUAAAAUUGGUUCCCAAUUAUUGAGAUGGUUUAAAAUUUGCAUUCUUGAUGGCUUUAAAUUUGAAUUAUUGUAAAAUGUGAAUGACAUAUCAUUGACAUCUGCUGUAGUUGGCCGUGCUGUGUGCCUUCUGUUUGAAAUAUAAUUGAAUGACUGACCUAUAAUCAGGACAUUCCUGCUGUCACAGGGCUGUGAGGACACACUGCUUGUACGUGAUCAUCCCCUUCCAAUUUAUGCAAUCCUAGCAGGGGUUCUGCAAUGUCUGAUUUUUAUUUAUUUUUACAUAGUCUUUGAUUAUUAUCCUUAAGAGACUAAGGAAAAACCACCAUGAGCAAGGUAUGCCUUUGACUCUAAAAUUAUGAAACUAAAUUAUAAAUAUUCCUUAGCACCAAAUGUUCCCGAAGCACCCGAUGGAUUUUUUGCAAGUUUUAAUGAAUCCAAACGGUUUCAUGGAGACUUUUAAUCUGAUGGAUGUUACUAUAGCUGGGUAUCCUUUUUUUUUUUUUGCAAGAUACUAACUUGGGUAUUUUCCUUAGAAUUGUAAUAUGGUCCUUGGAGUUAUAACCUCCUCUUCCUUAUCGGAAGAUAAAUAAAUGCUUUUGACAACAAGAGAUCCAUUAAAGAUCUUCCACCAAGUAAAGCCCCACAUUAUUAAUUUGCUAUAGCUCAUUUUCAUCAACUAUCAGCAAUAUAAUAACUACUAUCCAAAUACACGUUUUAUUUGAAAUAAUAAUAUAGCAGUAUCUGCAGCCAUUUUAAGACACCUAUAAAUUGUAUGUUUUUUCCCCGCAUUCCGCAUUGUGUUCUGUGCAUCAGACUGCUUAUAUAAACAGUUUUGUUGUCAGUCCCCUAUAUUUGUUGCAGGAGGUAGGGAAUGCCCCACUAUGCAGGAGGACUUUAUCAACGGUCUAGUAAACUGUCACUGCAUUCAGACUGGGAGACAUCACACCACCCCUUUUUUGAAGAUAAAAUAGAAAUUAAUGGUGUGAAUUUAAAAGAGUAAUAUGUGUGCCUUUUUAUAUGUGAUUUAUAUGUGUAAGUGACCAGUCAUGUAUGUUUACAAAGAUAUAUUUAAAAAGAUGGGUUGCAGCUACAGUCCUGGCUUGAUAAAGGUUCAAUAGAAGAGCUCUAGCAUUGUUUUAACCUUGACACAUAUAAAGUCUGCUUAUGGAUACUACUUUGAGCACACUGCCAUUUUUAUCUACAUAUUGUGCUGCGGCCCCCCUGUUUGGCUGCAGCUUAGUUGGAAUAUUAAGAAAGUGUCUACAAUCUCCCCUGGAUCUUGUACAGUAACAUUACUUACCAUAUUUUUCCAUGUAUAUGACUGUUUUGUUUGUUUGUUUCCUAAAAAUAGUUUUUAGUCUAAAAUUGGGUGUCGUCUUAAACAUGGCAUGUCACUGUAUGGGUUAAAAAAAAAUACACUUGUGCGCGGGACUCACAUAUCAAGCCUUGCUCUUGCUAAUCCACUUCUGAAUCCUGUGGCAAGGAGGAAGAGGUCCCUAUAUGUGUGGGAGCUGCAGCAGACAUCAGCACUUACCACCAACAGAGCUCCAGAGACAUGCCACACCAUAAAAGGGGCAGCCAUAUUAAGGUAUGCUCCACCUCAGAUAGGUCUUGCUUUCUGAUUAAUAUUCAUGGGGGAGGAAAUGGGAAUCAGUAAGCAGAGUGAAUACUACUGAUAUGUCCCAGCAUGCCCUCACACUACCUGCUGUAUUGUGGGAGCUGUAGUCUCCCAGCAUGCACUAUGGAGCCAUUAACUUUACAGAGUACCGUAGCACAGGGGAGGCAUGAAAAUCAGAAGUGUGUUGUUCUCUUCAGAAGUCACCUCUUAAAUAUCAAAGUUUUAUUUGAUGUUUAAAAUAUUGAUUUCUUAAUUUUGGGCUCAAAAAAUAGGGGUUGUCUUAUACACGAAAAAUAUGCUAACUUAAUGAUAUUCUUUUUUCAUUGUUGCAUGGGGGCACAGCAUUUCAGUUCAAUGGAACCUUUAUCGAACUAUAACCAUGAAACUGUGGGUUUUGGAGCCGUUGGAAGAGGUACAUGUACUUCAACAGUUUUGCAUGGGUUUAUUUCCCUGGGAAAGUAAAUUAUGGUGAACGGAAAACAAAAAUAUGCCAAAAUAGUACAUCAGGCCAAAUUUUCAGUUUCAACAAUUCUUCCAUCUUGGGCUGUUUUGUUCUGCAGUUUGCAAUUUGAUUAUUUCACCAUUGCACUUCCUUGUUUAGAAAAUAAACCACAUAGUUUCACUUUUUUAAAGGAGACUGUAAAUAGCCAUUUUUUCAUAUAUUCAAAAUAAGCUAUAUUAAGGAAAAUUGUUUUAUACUUACCAUAAUUUUCUUUUCAUGAUCAUUUACAUGGCAGCAUUUACUCAUGGGUUAGCUCCUCCCCUCACAACAGAAAGGACAAGAAACAGAACUAAAUCUACCCCUUCCCCGUCAGGCAGUCUUUGUAACUGGCUUCAUCCAAGUAGAUGGGUGGGAACGAAAUGCUACCAUAUAUAAUGAUCAGGAAAAUAAACUUACAGUAAGUAUGAAACAAGUUUGCUUAUUCCUGAUCAAACAUGGCAGCAUUUACUUAUGGGUAAUACUCAAGCUGUAUAUAUAGAGGGAGGGACAGAGUUCAAAUGCAGCUAAUGGUUAUAAAAAACAUUAUUAUUAAAUUAUUGAGCUGCACAUACAUAAUAUGCCUUAUCAAACCCAAACAAGCAAUCCAUUGGAUAUUGUCAUAUCUGCUAGUUAGACAAGUUAUUUUACCCCAAAGGCUGCAGGUCAGCAACCCCCUGAUAUUCAAAUAUAGGAAAUAUCCUGGAGAAUUAUAGUGCCAGGUAGGAAUUAAGGUCAUGCUAACGAAACAAGUCUAGACUAACACAAGAAAAACUCAUGUACUAGACCAGGGGUAGGCAAUCUUUUAGAAGUACUGUUCCAAAUUUUUUUUUUUUUUUUUUUAAGCUGAGGUGUGCAUGUUACUGUAUUCUGCUUGUGUUAUUUGUGGAUGCUGCAGCUGCUUUGUAGUAUUGUAUUUGUGUGUAUGUGGACUGUUAUAUUGUAUAUGCUCAUGAGUAACUUGUGGUAUUCUGUAUUAUACCUAUGAAUGUGGACUGCUUAUUGAAUUUUGUGUGUGUGUGUGUGUGCAGGAUAUGUCACGUAGUGUGUUUGAUGGUGUGUGUAUGUGUGGAGCUGCUUGUGGUAUUGCUUGUGGGGUUGUGUGCGUGGAUUAUCAGUGGUGUUUUGUUUGUGGGGACUGUGUGUGUUUGUGUGUGGACUAUUUGUAUGAUGGGGAGGCUUCUUUUUCAGCUAUGUGGAUAUCUAGCCGUGUGGGUGUCUUCCAAGUGGGGUCAGGGCUGGCCUAGUGUAGGUCAAAGGCAGUAGCUGUGAUAGCUGCUGCAGACUGAUCUACUCAAAAGUGGAGAACCCUUCACAAGUGCUGAGUGGAGGUGAUCUGAGAUCACCAAAGUCCCACUGGGACUCGAUAGGCCAGAGCCUUUGUGGCUCUGGCAGCCUUGAGUGCCGUGCAAAGGCACCUCGAGUGCCAAGCAUGUGCCAUAGGUUGCUGAUCCUUGUACUAGAUUUUACACAGCCAGGAUAUCUAUUAGCAGCACUCCUUACAUGGAACUUAAAUGCAUAAUUGGAAAUUACCUAUAUAAACUUAAAUGCUCACCAAAAAAGUCUCUCCUAAAUUUGACAUAUUAAAAGGAAGCCCAAUGUAAGCAACUGAGAGGAACUGAAAGAACAGAAACCCGGAUACUUCUACUUCUUUAAUCUAAAUAUCUAAUGUACAUACUUGAGGUGGAGAAACAAGCUAAACAUCCAUGGAGACAGAUGAACUGCUGCAGGCCUGAAUUUCAGCGGCACAUGGGGAUUUGAACAACUGACAGACCCUAAACUGUUUAAACUAUAGGCUUCCUUACCCCAAAUGCUAUUCAUCCUCAAUAGUAGGUUAAGUUUUAAAACAGACCCUGGACAUGGUGGUAUACAUAAAUGAUGCAUACCUAGGUAGUCAUCUUAUGUAAGUGGUGUUUACUUGGUCUUCAGAUAAAAAAAAAAAAAGCAUAGCCCUGGCUUGGCCUCAUGUAUCCAGUGGACCACUGUCAUUAUCCCAUCAGGGAUAGAAUUAGGCCAGUCCCUUGGUCACUAACUAGGAUACCCAGGGAGGCAACUAUUACAUAUGUGCUGAUUCCUGGAUGGACCUAAAAAAUAUUGGCCUGUGAGCACAAUAGAAAAAGUCUGCUUAAGCGGACAGGAAAAACUAUUGCCUGAUGGGGAUGAUGGGGAAGGGGUGAAAUUUAUUCCAAUUUGCGAUUUUUAUUUCCUGUUGUGAGAGGAAGAGCUAACACAUAAGUAAAAACUGCCAUGUUUGUUCAGGAAACAGGGUUUUCUGUUAAAGUGCCUGGUUGUGGUAAUCAGUAAUCAAUUACUUUGUAUUGUUUUUGUUGAAGUAAUAGAGACUUGCUCACUUUAUAAAUCUGUGUGGCUGCUGUGUUGAAUGUAGCCAAUAUUAUCUAAGAUUCUAAUGGAGCAAAAUAAAUGUAUACCUAAAGUCAGAGAAGUGAAACAGACGUGCAGAAGACAGAGAGGAUAAAAACUGAGUUUAGCUGUGUUGGUUGUUUGAUGAUCCAACUUUAGAGUUAAAUCCCCGAACUUAAUAUGGUGCCUGGACACGCCUGCCCCCAUAAGAAAUACAAUAAGCUGAAGGGGUUUUGGGGAGGGAAAUACCUUGUAGACAAUGUCAAUUGGUUUCUAUGACAACCUCAUAUUUGUGUAGCCUUGCCCUAGAUGUGCAUUUUAUACAUAAACUCAAUAUUAUGUAACCCUGGAGCAGUGGCUACUUUAGUGCUUCCACAAAUAGCACCACUGGUUGACCGUAUAGGUAGGUGAUGGUUUUCUUCACUGGUUUAAAAAUGCAGAAUAGUGACCUUUUUUGUACACCUGCAUUGAGUUAGUUGAAGAGGCUUGAAAAAUGAAUGUAAGAGCAAAUGAUCUAACCAAGCUACAGAAUGCCAAAUGCUUUGUGACAGUUCUUUGUCUUUAAAUAUGAUCUGGCCAUUAGCAUAUUAAUUAUUAAAAACACCAGGACACAUCCCAUGGAAAUGUGGAACAGCACUGCAGCAAAUGUACAGAGAUUUACUGAGAUUAGAGAAGAUAAAAGGGCUACUCUGAUAUUAACUGGGUUUUUUUUCCGACAACAUCUGUAGGAUAAUGUAGGCAGGUGUUUGCCAGCUGUUUAAAAAGAAAAAUGUCCCCAUGCGUACCAGCUUAGUUUUCUGAAAAUAUGACACCUGUACGGCAGGUCCAUAUUUAGAAGUAUUGGUAAUAUAUAAUGAUCACAGAAUCUAUUUAGCUACAGUAUUUUGUAACAUUGCGUUUAAGGUUAAACAGGUUAAACAGUCUCUUACAACCUAAAUAGUGCUCUUCUUAAAGAACAAUAUAAAACAUUCCUUAUUUAUUUUACAAUUAAAGUAAUAUAUGUAUGAACAUCACAUACACCAUAUUAUUGAGGUUAACAAGCCAAUCCAAGCCCUGAUGGUUUCCGUGAUUGCUCAAUAUUUAUCACUUUGCCACACAUUAGCUCUUGUUUUUACCGUCUUAAUGUGUCCUCUAAUGAUAUAAGAUAUUGAAGAAUCUAUAGAACAGUCUUUGACCCCAAUCAGUUUUUGUUAAUUGUUUAAGAGGUCAUAUAUACACCAUAUAGUGUGCAUUACACUUGUUCGCUGAAAGUGUGUUUGUGUGUAUGUAUAUAAAAUAUAUAUUUAUUUAUUAAUUUUAUUUACAUUUUUUAUGUUUGGAAACUGGUGUUAACACAUUCUUGUUGGUGUGAUUGUGUCCAAUACUCUGGCAGCAGGUGCUCCCUUACUGGAGAAUACCGCUAGUUAGCCAGCCUGUAUAUUGCAGUGCAAUGUAUCUGUACUCUGCCCAUCAGAUGUGGUGCCCAGCUAUUUUUAGGGUUAGUUUUCAGUUCUGCAUUUGAUGUAGAGUUAAUGGGAGGGGCAGUGUCUUGUGCUCAUCCCCUCCUCCUCUCGUCAUCACUAGCCUUGGAAUAAACGAUCCGUAUAACCCACCGAGAUGUGAAGGGCGUUUUCCUCCUCAGCCUCUGCUCGCCAGAGGGGCCCAUAGUCCUCCUGUGCUCACAUUAAGACAGGGUGUGGACAUGUGGCAGGCAGUGUCUCCAGGCGCCUGAUACCCAUCCUGAGGAUGUCACCUCUCUGCUGUGCGCGCUCCCUAUGAGCUGACCCUUCCACACGUGGUGCUGAAAUCCGUGGGUGAGUUAUCUGCAGCUUUAUGGCGUGGCCAAACACCGAUUUAUUGAAGACGCAUGGACACUCCAUGGUUAUAUAACCCCUUGCUGUCUGUAGGUAUGUUCAGAGUAACUAUUGGAAUCCGCAUUGCAGAUACCUGACAGUUUGUAUAAUGUUCAGAACGCAUCUCCACCUUGAUUCACUUUUCUGAUGGUGUGGCAGGGGUGCUGCUGUCAUUAUUACUUACUGUGAUGUCUUCUUCAUUAUGCUUUUAAGCACGGUCCUCUAGUGCUGCUCGUGGUCCUGUACACAUCUGAGUACACGCAUUUCUGAAUAAAUAGCUAUGUGUAUUUGCAGCAUGAUGAUUUUACUAUUUUUCAUGUCUACACAACUGUACAAAAGAACCUUGCAAUUUUAUGGUGAACACAUUUUACUUGGGUGUCAGAGGUAUUCUUCAGAAAUUCCUGCUUGAUAGAGUACAUCAUGGCUAUUGUGAUCUAAAAUCAUUGUUUCACAAAUUGACUUAGAUGUUGACAUCAUAUUUGGGUAAGAUUCCUGCAUUCCAUACUAAUUUUACAGUAAGAUGCUAAAAUGGGAUGAAUAAUUUAUGACUUCAUGGCUCAUACAAAGAGAGCAGUGAUUUAGCCUUGUGCCAUUAUGACCUACCAUGCAAUCUCCUGGGAUUAUUCAAUGACAUCAGCCAUGGGGCCAUAUCCAUUACUUGUGAUAAAUGUAUCCCUUGUUUUAUUAUCUCUUAGCAGUUUUUCCAAAUCCAGCCCAUCUGUCCAUAUCUGCAAUUUAAUCCCUGGCAAUUAUCUGUAGAAAGGAGCUGUUUUCUUUUUUUUAUAGGUUCAUUUAAAAACUAUACAAAGGCAAACAAAUCAAUGUAGGGUUACAUAGUCUGCCUAGCUUUUAUUUAUAGUAAAUAAAGAAUGACUGAUAUUUUCCCCAAAGUAAAGGGGUAUAAUUUUAUGUGAUAUGCUAUCACUAUUUUGUUGAUUCCUGUUAUUUUGUUUACAGUAAAUAUUAUAAUUUUUUACUGUCAAAAGUGUGCAAAAAAAACCCUAUAUUUCUGAGCUCCUUUUAAUAUCUUCUUUUUAUGGAGUUUUAGAAUGUAAUCAGUAGACUACUAAAAUUACAAUACAAAAUUAUAUGUAAUACAUUGGAUUUAAUUGGCAAACUAUGGUGAAACGAACACUGAAUUGCACAUUACAAUCCAAAAAUAGCUAAGCUGGAAAAAUGCUCCAGUUCAGCUCAAUUCUCCUUUAGCAUUUUUUCUGCCUAUAUUUUGCACUUUAACUUUUUAUCUGCCACAGUUUACUCUAUAACAAACAAAAGUAAUUUAUUUAGUUUCCCCUGCCUUUCUUCUGGCUUGUCAUUGUUUGGUGAUAGGGCUGUGUUAAGGACUGCAGCCAUAAAUAGCAGUUGCUACACAGGAGUAUAAUUGUAGAUAUAUAUAUAUAUAUGUAUUUCCAAAAAGACACACAUAUAUCACCUUGCCUUUUUGAUCUGAAUACUAUUUUGUUUGCUACACCCCUUUUGUCUUCAUCUACAUCCCUAUAGAGCCAUAAUGCUCAUCUUCAUCAGUUCCAGGUCUUAUAUGAUUUGUCAUUCUGGUUGUAAAUUUUAGGAGACGAAUUAGGUAGAUGCCUAUUUAUGUUUUCACAUUUGUAAUUUUGUGAUAGCCUUGCCGAUAACUUGCCUAUAGACAUUACUGAAAAAUAGGCGUUUCCUGGCUUUUCACAUGGGACAUUUUUCCCUCUGCUCUGGCCUUUUUACCAUCUAUUUUAGUCUAAGUUGAUAGUAAUUCUUUUUAGUUGUCAUGCGUCUUUGACACAUACACAUUAUGUAGUUAUAAACAUUUUCAUAUUUUAUGUAUGAAAAAUUAAAGGUUAGUUACAUUGCCUUUUACCCGCAUGGGUAGUUAUGCGAAAUUGUAGAUUACAAGAAAAUAUAUUUUAGUUUCUAGACUUGGAAUUUUGUCUGCCUGCCUUUCUUUGGGCCAGUUUAGCAGCAAACAAUCAAAUUACCCUCAUGAAAACAUACAUUUCCUAGAGUGGCUAAACCCCCUGAAAACAUAAAUUUGAUAAACCGCAAUAUUUAAAAUAUGGCAUUUUGACUCUUUUUGUGUUACAAAUCUGUGCCACUGGUUAAGGAAAUAUACUAUUUUGCAUGUUGUUUUUGUUUGUUUUUAUUUUUAGGAUUUUUUUUAACCUUUUUAUAGUAUCAUUCAUGUCCAUCUCCAUAAACAUGGAGAAAUGACAAGACCAUUAUUCAUUGAAUCCAGCUCUGCCAGAUGAUUAGAUGUAAUCACAUGAUUCACUUUUACACCAGUUAUAUGCUUAAAAAGAGAAGAAUUAGGGGGUGUAUGCUAAUAUUGCUGUGCUUCGAUCAGUAUGCCAUGAGUUAACAUGGCAGGCAUGUAAGGUACCAGUAUUUAGGCUUCUGGUUGGAUGCUUUAGACUAUCCCAGGACAUUCUGCCCAUAUUACACCAAUUGCCUAGUGCUAUGCUGUGGGUGCAAAGUAAGCUGGAUAUUCAGUGCCUGGCACUAGGUCUCUUCAGGGACCAGAUUUAAUGAUUGUGUAAAAUUUAGUUCAUGGGGGGUUAAUUGUACUUCUCUAUCCAUUUCUCUCUAUAAGUAUCCAUGCAUGAUGAAUUACCUGGCUGAUCAUUAUAUUGCCAUCUUGAUGACAGGCAAAAACACUUAUGAUUUUACAUCAAACAAAUUGGGUCAUUAUUUAAAAAAAAAUUAAAAAAAAUUCAUAAGACAAUACAUUGUUCUAAUUUUUGUUCUAAAAAAAAAACCUUGUUACUUUGUGUUUACAAUCUCAGGAGGACCAAUUUCUUUAUAAAAUAUAAUUAUACAAUAUGCUGCUGAUCUAAAAAUAAACUAAUGCAGUCUUGCAGUACUUUUCAAACCUCAAUAAUUAUGGCAAAAUACCUCCUGCUAUGGACCGUGCAGAGAGUUCCUGCUUUAAAAAUCACAGUGCAGCUGCUAAACUCAUUAUCUAUCAUUCCAGAAACUCUUGAAGACUGUGUUUUGCAGGCGGUGAAUAGAUGAUGCAUAACAUGCUCACAAAUUAAUGAAUGGGUAAAUGUAGUAAAGUCCUGUCUAAGUCAGUUAUUAACUAGCUUUUAAUAAUUACAUUGUAAGAUUUUUUUCAACUUGUGCCUGAGUGUAUGCAAAAUAUUGUGGUCUCAAACAUGCUAACUUUAGUAACUUAUGCAGAAGAUAUUUUGGGAGACACACAAAAAAAUACAUUUGUUGAGUUUGCCUUAAAGAUUUAAAAGGAACUUGGCACUUAUUAUUGAGCGAAGUAGGAUUAAGAGGUGUGCAGUGCUCCCAGGUGCCUCACCUUUGAAGGCAGAUGUAGUCACAUACAGCCACCCACCAAAUCACAUUCUCCUCACUAACUGAAUUUCAUGUAAUGAUUGACCAACUUUGUCAUAUGUCUACUCAUAGGCACACUUACCGCACCCUCAUAUCUUACCCAUUUUCCACCUCCUUAUUUACAUACCCGUAACUCUUUAGUAACCUGCACCUACCGUUCAGUCACAAAGCUCCCUUCCCAUAACAAUAUAAAUAUAUAUAACAAUAUAAUAUAUAUGUUAUACAAAGGUGGCUGCACUCACAGUCUUCAAAUACAAUUCAAUACUUUAUUGUAGUCCCAUUAAAAAUCAACAUUUCAGUCCCUCUGGGGCACUUUCUUCAGGAUCAAAAAAAAUAAAUAAAUAUAUAUAACAAACAACAAGGUUCCUUGCACUCAUGCUUUCUUUGAUAAUGCCGGGUAGUGAUAUCCCGAACUGUUCGCCGAACGGUUCGCCGUAAAUGGUUCGCCACGGACUCAUCAUUGAGUAAACUUUAACCCUGUACCUCACAGUCAGCAGACACAUUCCAGCCAAUCAGCAGCAGACCCUCCCUCCCACCUCCUGGACAGCAUCCAUUGUGAAGCUGCAUUCUUAGUGAGCUGUCCAGGAGGUGAGAGGGUCUGGGAGGGAGGGUCUUCUGCUGAUUGGCUGGAAUGUGUCUGCUGACUGUGAGGUACAGGGUCAAAGUUUACUCAAUGAUGAGUCUGUGGCAAACAGUUCGGGACAUCACUAAUGCCGGGUGCAUAAGUCAGCAGGCUGGCUGGUUUCACAUAGAAUAUCCAAAAUGAUGGCUGCACUCCUCAGUUUUCAUUUAAAAUCCAAAUAGUUUUAUUGGGUAUACAUUAAACUAGAAAUCAACGUUUCAGCCCCACUCUGGGCUUUCUUCAGAAUCAACAAACUCAUACAUAGGUGUAUGUAUUUUUUUAUCCUGAGGAAAGCCCAGAGUGGGGCUGAAACAUUUAUUUCUAUUUUAAUGUGUACCCCCAAAAUUUUUUGGGGAUUUUAAAUGAAAACCGAAGAGUGCAGCCCCCCCCCCCCCAUGAAACGAUAUUUAUAAUUUAUAUACUAAUGCAUUUAAAGUCACCCACCCUCCAACAACUACCUGGCUCUCACAUAGUUCUCUAUCUAUAUUUUUCUAUUGAGAUAACUGUGGGGUUGCUGUAUUCAUCUUACAAUAUAUAGGUUACUUGAGCUGAUUAAAUUUUUUUGUCAUAAUAGGACAUAAAUUUAAAUCCCUUUCCUGAUUCCAGCUCCGAAGUCCAUCAGUGCUGCCUCUGCCUGUGCUUCCUCUCAUGUCAUAACGAGGAGGAACCUAAUGUGCAUGCGCAGCGAUCGUCGUGCGGACAUUAGGAUCGCCACAUAGGGAAGUAUUAAAUCUAUGCUUUCCUAUGGGAUUUUGCAAGAUGCAAAGUGUGAAGAAGCCCUGCGUCGUUUCACUGAGUUAAAUUUUGUGAAUCCGCAGGAAGCUCCUUUAGUGUCUGCUUGGUAGACAGCCACUAGAGGCAGUCUUAAUCCUGCAAUAUAAACACUUGCAAGUUUAAGGGGACAGGGACAAUGCACCAAGACUUGAAAUGAAGUGAUCUAGGUACCUAUAGUGUUCAUUUAAUUUUUAAACAUUCUUUGUCCUUUUUUUUUAAUAGUCUCACACGUUAAAUAUAAUGAUUAAAAGGGGUACCCCAAACAAUCAUAUUAAAACAUGUGGGACUACUCUAGGAGAUCUUAACUGGUAGUGUUUUACUUGUAUCACCGUUAACAUUUGCAGCUGGCCGUAAUGAUUGAAAUACAGUGGCUGAAAUUUAUAAAAGUUAUCUGUUGCAGAUAUUUCAGUGCCUUCGUGGGUUGGGGGCGGGGGGAAUCUAGGUCCAAUAUAUGUGUGCUAUAUUAUUACUAUCACAAAAGUGGUCUGUGUUUUCUCUCUGUGUUUUACAUCACUUUACUUUUGGUGUAUUACUCAUCAUAUGAGUUAAGAGUCAAAAGUUAUGUAGUAAAUAGUCAUAUUUAUUAUUGAACAACUGGGCCAAAAUAGCAGAGCUGAAAAUUAUGGAAAUUACCGGAUAAUUCAUUACAUGCCAAGCAAUGUCUUCAUUGAUUCAAUCCAAUUAUAAGCUCAACAGAUAGACUAACUUGGUUAACUAUCAGUUCACCAGUGAAAGGAUAGCAGCAUGUUUUGAUGACUUAAGCCCAUUGGUAGUGUGUUGAGCUUCCUUUCUUUCCUUUUAUUUUCAUUCUCAAAAGUUUACUAAACAUAAUGGGUACAUACUUAGAUGAAGGGGAAAAAGAGGUAAAAUGGAGCAACAUAUACAAAUGGAAAUGUACAAGAAGUAGGUGGACUGAUAUGACUUACCAGUACAUUCAAUGAUAAGUCCUAAGGAUAUCAUCACAAUACAACUGGUUGUUCUGAACCAUAAUAAUACAAAACAGAAGCAGCUACCGUGCAAAACUCUAAGUAUAAUAAUUUGAUGGCUCAGAUUAAUGGAUUUUGUACUAACGUGGAUGAGACAUAUGAUCUAUUAUAUUAUCUGUCGCUAACUGCCUAGAAGCAAAAUCAAGUGAGAGGAACCAUUUGGCCUGUGUGGAAGAAAGGAAAAUAGAUGAGGUAUCUGCUUGCUCCUAAUGAUGAUGAGGGAUUUAACCUCUGUUAGUAGAUGAAAAGCUAGCAAGUUUUUAUACUAAAAGCAAGACACCAUGCUGAAAUGUAGUAAAAAGAUCUCUGGAGAAAAUGGUAAUCCAUGGUCCGUGACUUUGUAACCAUGAUACUAAUUUACUCCUAGCAAGGUAUAAUUCAAAGAAUGGACUGCCAGAUUUGUGCAAAGGUUCCAGCAUUGGCAUGUCUUCAGUAGAACCUAUUAUCACACACUAAUCACAUUUGUUGAAAUGUUACAGAUGUGUAAUAACAUAGUGUUAUAAGUUUCAAACUUGUCUCCUUUAAUUGUUGUAUAAUGGGUGAGAGAAAAUUAGAUUCAGAUAUAAGAAUACACAUAAAUACAGAAUAUAUCAAAUUUUGUUAAAAUAAACUUUAUAUCAACAAACUCAGGAAUCCGCUUACAACAACGAAUAUAAAUUUAUCAAGAACUGAUGUAGCUCUAAAGCUCGUACCAAAUGUAUUGCAAUUAAAAUAAUAAAAUGUAUCAAACCUCAUGUAAUUCUAACUGCUGAGAAAAUCACAUAAACAUCCCCAAAAAAAGCUGCUACAGUUUCAAAUGCAAUGAAUCUGCAUGUAGCAGCUUAAACUGAGAUGUUUACAAAAAACUCACUUCUAAAUGUUGUUCUAAUAGUGAGAGCCCCACACAAACUUAAAAACUGUAACAGGUAGAAGUUUAUAUAUACUAGUGGUACAUCACUAAGGUCAUAGUGUGUAAGUACGAAUAUAAUCAGUAUAUGUGAGAGAUUUAAGGUGCUCACACAAAAGGUAAAAUGUUCAAAAAUAUUAAACACGGUCUUAAAAUGUAUCUGACUGCGGGGGGCCCCUCCGCGAUAUUGGUAUCAGUAAGCCAAAUCCAGAUGGGGUUAGGGAUUCGGAUGACUGCCGUGUGCUUGGAAGGCAAACUUCAAUAUACCAAGUACGGAGAUAGUCUGGUCAUGUCGAUCCUUUGCCGCUCCACCUGCAACUACCAAUGGGUAGUUGGGCUGCAAGGAACACAUGGGGUAGUGUAGAGCGAAUGCUGUGGCCGGUAACUUCAAAAAAGGCAGACGGCUUCCUUAAUGGUGAAAUUCUUUUAAAUCAGCUAUGCUUCAAAUUCAGCUUCUUUGGCCUUUAAACAUUUUUUUUUUUUUUACUUUUUGUAAAUUCACUUUAGCGAAUAAUCUGAGCGAAUCAUGUGUCCCGCAAUCACAUGUUCCCAAGUCCUGGUAUUCAGCCAGGUUGUUCUGCAUGUCAGGUCACUGUAAUAUUAAGUAUAUAGUACAAGAACAGUCACUUUUUGCACAUAAAACAAAAAAGUGAAUAUAAAACACUUAUCUUAAUAGACAGUGGUAACCGCUUCCUCCAGGGAUAUCCCAGCGAUAAUCCCUCCAAUACAGAAUAGAUAUAUACAAAAUGAGGAUACAGCUGUAGAUUUACAAAAGAAUAUAGAACAAAAUAAUAGUGUAACAGUGUUACACUAUUAUUUUGUUCUACACACUGUAAUAUUAAUAUUCAAUCUUGGUUGGUUGUUAUAUUCUUUGUUUAUCUGCUUAAGUAUAAAUCUGCAACUGGACCUGCGCUUCGAUGCACAUUUAUGAGGACUGAGGGACCUGUGAGUCUCACAUUAUUUAUUGUGGGAAAAAAAUGAAAUGCUUUCAAUAAAAAGAAAUUUACCGCAACAGAAUUUUAAAAAACAGUUCUCCAUGUAAGCCUAAUGCCCAUUUUGUGCUCUACCAUUCAAUUCUACCUUCCCCCUCCAACUGUAGGAAUUAUUUGCAAUCAUAGAUGCACACUAUUACACGCACAUUCAUAAGUACACACAAACACACUGAUGCACAGACACACAGAUUAACAAAUACAGACAUACAGGUAAUCUUUGUGUCUGGUGAGAGAAGCAGCAUGUCUGAACCCCAGUGGGUGCAGACCGCUCCUUCCAGCCAGUGCCAGUAAAUUUAUUGCCAUGGUAACCUGCAGGCGAGAGAGACGAAUUAUAACCUCUCUAUUCGAGCAACAAUCUUUGAUCUCCUCAUCGGCCAUGGUCCCCCGAGGCCAUGACCUUGUGAGAAAUCCAGACAUGGCUCCUGGAGUAUCCCCUCUGGCCGGCUCUGGAAGUAUUAGAGAAGUAGGCUGCUGCAUGCCAAAGUCUUUUAAGACUUCUGAGGUCCUCCAAGUUUCUGACUCUCGCAAAGGUGCAUGAGUCGUCAUGUCAAUGUCAUGCAUAUUCCGAUGUCAUGUGGUAUCUGUGGGCUAAUUAGAGCUUUAUUUUAGCAAUUUAAUCCCAGAAUAGCCCGUUUUCAAUGCACUGUUGUGGUUCCCAAUUUGGUUAUACAAGAGCGCAUUAUUUCUAUUGAUUUUUGUGUAUUUUGACCUUGGUUUGUUCUUUGACUAUUCUGACUUCUGUAUCCCUGGACUUGGCUUGUCUACAGUUUACAUGCAUUCUGUUUCCCUGACCUUGGUGUGUCCUGGCUGAGACCAAGGCCUACAAAGUUAACCGCUCAAUCUCAGAAUCAAAGAAUCAAAACUGCAUUUUGGAAUUGAGUUAUGAUUGUAGCAGGAAGCACAAGACCAUGUCCUUUAGCAACAAGGGGUAAUGUUUUUCUUUUGAUGUGUGCCUAUUUGUAUUAUACCAUUGUGGAAUAAAUCACACUCUGCAUGUAGGAUAUUUUGGCCCGUUGAGUUUUGUCCUUGGACGUUUUUUGCAGCCGCAGUCUGGACAAGUUGGAUGUGACAUAAAGAACGUGUCUUUUUCUUUUACAAUUCCCUCUCUGCAUAGAUCUAAACUAAAAAUCUGUAUUUAAUAAAUGUCAGUCUAGUCAUUAUACACUUUAAUGUCUCCAAACAUUUUGCUAAAAUGCCACCACAUCAUUUUGUAUAAGAUGAGUGCACAUUAAACCUCAACUGUUCCCUUGUAAUUGCUCCAUUCUUUUUUAUUUUUGUCUCUUUCUUUAGAUAGUAAAGGUGCCUUGCUUUAUUAGACACAUCUACUAGAUAGACAUUCUAUAGGCUGUUUGUUUUACUCACAUGAAACACCAGGAGGACUAAUAAACUACAAUGAAACUUAUCAAGUUCAUUGUCCUGUUGCUAUGGAGUAGGGAAGGGUAACACUAGUAACAAGCUGUACAGUGCAUUUUUCAGCUAUGUAAUCUUAAAGGAGCACUAUACGGUCAGGAACACAAACCUAUAUUUCUGACACUAUAUUGUUAAAACCACCAGCUAGCCCCCCUGGCCCUCUCAUUCCUCCCUAAAUAUAGUAAAAUCUUACUUGUCUUUAAGCCUGAUGCUGCUGGCUCUGCCCCUGUCUGCCUCAGACCUGCAAGCUGACUCUGUGUCACAGCUGCUAGUGUGGUCCAACACGCAGAAACUAUGUAAACAUAUACAUACAAAAGGAAAGGAAAUAAAAGGACAGAGCGUAAACCGGACCAUAGAAUGGCCGGACUAAUACGUUAGAGAUAGGGAAUGGUCAAAGGGAAAGCCGAGGUCAAGGAAGCCAGAAAUACUCAUAUACCGUUUAAACAAGCCAAGUCAGGGGAACCAGAAUUCGGAAUAACCAGGGAAAAGUCAAGAUCAGGAUACCAGGAAGUAAUAUUCACAAAGAUAAACACACUCUAGGGAACCAGGAACAGGAAACCACGACAGGGCAAGGUACUGGGGUGAAUUAGGGAUUUAACUAUCCCUCUCUAGGCUCUGAUUGGUCAGAGGGUGACCUCUGACCCCAGAACGUGCGUUGACUUCACGCGCACGUUCGUAUAAUUUUGAGGGUGGAGCCAUGGAUGGACGCGAUCUCUUGGUCGGCGCCAUCUUGGAUUUCCACGAGCGGCAUGGAGGAACGGUUCCCGGCUCGCCGCUGAGCAGGUAGGCUCAGUGAGUUGGUGCGGUCGGGCACGGACGCACAUGGCGACGAGCCAGGGGCCGUGACACUCUGACAUCAUCAGAAGUGUUAUUCUGAGCCAAUCACAAUGCUUCCCCAUAGGAUUGGCUGAGACUGUGAAAGAGGCAGAUCAGGGGCAGAGCCAACACAAGUCAAGCACAGCCCUGGCCAAUCAGCAUCUUCGCAUAGAGAUUAAUUGAAUCAAUGAAUCUCUAUGAGGAAAGUUCAGUGUCUGCAUGCACAGGGAGGAGACGCUGAAUGUUUGGAUGCAUUUUAGGCAGCCAUGACCCGGGAAGGAUCUCUAACAGCCAUCUGAGGAGUAGCCAGUGAAGCUAUCACUAGGCUGCAAUGUAAACAAUGCAUUUUCUCUGAAAAGACAGUGUUUACAGCAACAAGCCUGAAGGGAAUGAUGCUACUCACCAGAACAAAUUCAAUAAGCUGUAGUUGUUCUGGUGACUAUAGUGUCCCUUUACGCUUGUCCUCUUCUACAAUACCGUAUAAUGGAGUGGUGUGUGGAUAAUUGUAGCCUGUUUCAUUCCUACCCAUAUUAUUAUUCAUAGACACUCUUUGAUUACAGGAGGCAUAUACAGAUAGCGUCUCCUUUUACAAUAAGGUAAUUUUAUUUUAUUUUGAUGUAUGUUUUCACCAUCACUUAUGUUUCCUUGACAGUGAAAUUUAAUUUUGGAUUUCUAUGGCAAGACUGUUCCUAAAGACUGAGUGAAUUCGUUAUGGCCACGUCUAACCUGGAAAACCAGCUCCACAGUGCCCAAAAGAAUCUACUGUUCCUACAGCAGGAGCAUGCCAACACACUUAAAGGCUUGCACUCUGAGAUCCGCCGUCUUCAGCAGCAUUGCACAGGUAAUAGUGUUCUGAAAUAGCUUGGGGUGUCUUCUUAAAGCACAACCAGACUGGCUAUUUCAGUUUAAAAAAUAUUCUCAGCUAAUUAAUAUUGCUUUAAAGGACCACUAUAGUGCCAGGAAAACAUACUCAUUUUCCUGGCACUAUAGUGGCCUGAGGGUGCCCCCACCCUCAGGGUCCCCCUCCCGCCGGGCUCUGGGGAGAGGAAAGGGGUUAAACGUACUUUUUUUCCAGCGCCGCGCGGGUAGCUCCGAUCCUCCUCUUCGGCUGAAUGCGCAUACGCGGCAGGAGCUGCGCGCGCAUUCAGCCGGUCUCAUAGGAAAGCAUUUAGAAUUAUGAUUUUCACAGUGAGAAGCAAGCAAACGCCUCUAGCGGCUGUCAAUGAGACAGGCAUUAGAGGCUGGAUUAACCCAUUUAUAAACCUAGCAGUUUCUCUAAAACUGCUAUGUUUAUAAAAAAAAAAAAAGGGUUAAUCCUAGAGGGACCUGGCACCCAGACCACUUCAUUAAGCUGAAGUGGUCUGGGUGCCUAGAGUGGUUCUUUAAUCAAAUUUAGCUAUAGUACCACUUAAAAGUGAUUUGGUUAUAGUGCCUAGAGUCCCCUGGCACCUUCCUUCCAUUCAGUGUUAAACAUUUUUUGAGCAGUUUAAAAAUAAAUGGGGGUCCCUGUACCCCACUGGAGAUAUAGCUAAGGCAGAGAUUACAUUAUGUUGCUAACCAUGCCAGUUCAUUCUAGCAAUGGCAGAUGUGAUGGGUUUGAUGAAGGUCAGCUGACAUACAAACUAAUAUCAACUAAUUACCAAAGCCCAUUGCUACUCAGGCUAAUGCUACCUCCUUAUCCCAAGCAGCACAGAUGGAAUGGGGUCUCUAUUUAAACAUUUAAAACUUUAAAAUGAAACAAAAGGAUGGUGCCCGGGAGAUAUAGACACUGUGACCAUUUCAUUGAGAUGAAGCCGUUACAUUGCCUUUAAUUAGCUCACAGUUUUUCUACAUGGAGGAGACCAUCUUAGAAUUGCAUCACAAUUUUCAAACCUAAGUGAAAGUUUGGGGGGGGAGGGGGAGAGGAGGGGCAGAGCUGCAGAAAGCGUGUAACUCAAGUACCCACUACAAAGGUUUGGCUUAAUGAGUGACUCCCGUCUUAAUGCUUUGUAGGGUUCAUGGUUUUUUGAACUGUUUGAUUUUGUUGUGCUUUUGAAUGUUGUGUGCUAAGACAUAUAUUUUGUUCAAUUUGGGCUUUCUUUUUCAUAGAAAAGCAAAAACUGUUAAGGCAUUUAAAAUAGUCAACACAAGGUAUUGGCCUAUUUUAAAGAUUAUAUGAUGGCAUCACUUAAUGGUUUCAAAUAUCCCUUCAGUAGCAAAAAAUUUGUUUUUGUCUAAGUUAUCAUUUGCUUCUUACAAACAACCAACAGUAAGAUCUUUCCCAUACAUCAAGCACAGAGCAAUAAUUGUGUCAGUCUAAAAAAUUAUUUAUUGCUGUCAAUAGAUCGUGGAAAUCUGUAAUUUCAGUAUACAUGAGGCAUCACCUUUUGAGGCGUGAUUUUGGUAACCUAAAUAUUACCUGUAAAAGAACAGCUAUUAAAGGGACACCCCAGGCAUCAAUACUUUACAUUAUAGUGUUAGGUAUGCAAACAUGUAAUAAUAACACUAUAGUUACUUGUUCAAUGUUUAGGUACUCAGCCCCACUCAAAGUGUAUGAAAAGGUGUUUAAACUUACCUUUUCUCUAUCGCGACAUCAUCAGCUUAGAUCAGGGGUAGGCAACCUUUUAGCAGUACUGUGCCAAAUCAAGAUUUUUAAACCCUGUGACGUGCUGAUCCCAUUUUUUGAAAUUGAGUUCUGAAUGUUGCCAUAUUCUGCUUGUGUUAUUUAUGGGUGCUGAAGUUGCUUUGUAGUGUUGUAUUUGUGCGUAUGUGGACUGUUCUACUGUACAGUAUACGUUCAAGAGUUUGUGGUAUUGUGUAUGAUGCCUUUGAAUGUGGGCUGUGUAUGGCUGUUGAUGAUAUGUUACAUUGUGUGUUUGGUGGUGUGUAUGUGUGGGGCUGCUUGCAUUGCAUGUGAGACAGUGGCGUACAUACCGGGGUCGCGGCUGCGACCGUGCCCGACCCACCAGGGGGCCACUGUGGCCAGCCUGUUAUCCUGGGGGGCCCUGGUAUCACCCGACAGGCAGGCUGACGGGCGCGCAAGGGAGCACUCUCCCCUGAGUGCCCCCUCUUCAGCUCCCUCGCACGCCACGUACUGAUACCGGAGCUGGAAGAUGACGUCAUGGGAGCGCGAGGGAGCUGAAGCGGGAGCACUCAGGGGAGAGUGCUCCCUCGCACGCCAGCCUGUCUGCCCGCCCGGUGACACCACUGGACCCCAGAGAAUCCCCUCAGCUCUCCAAAAGGUAAGGAGGCUGGGGGAUUAAAUUAAAAAAAAAAAAAGUGUGUGUUAGAGUGUUAGUGUGUGUUAGAGUGUUAGAGUUUGUGUGUGUUAGUGUUAGUGUGUGUGUGUCUGUUAUUGAGUGUGUGUCUGCUAGUGUCAAUGAGUGUGUUACUGUGUGUGUCUGUUACUGAGUGUGUUUGUGUGUGUCUGUUAGUGAGUGUGUUUGUCAGUGAGUGUGUAUGUAUGUCUGUCGCUGAGUGUGUCUCUGUCAGUAAAUGUGUGUGUCUGUUAGCUUUUGUGUGUGAGAGUGUGUGUGUGUGUGUCUUCAGCACUUACCUUUCUCCAGCGCCGGAGCAAGAGCCGAACGCGCAUUUAAACCGCCCAUAGGAAAGCAUUACUCAAUGCUUUCCUAUGGACGUUCAGUGUCUUAGAAUCUCGGAACCUCCUCUAGCGGCUGUCAAUGAGACAGCCACUAGAGGCUGGAUUAAACCCUGCUAUGUUUUCAGCUGCAGGGUGAAAACUAGAGGGACCUGGCACCCAGACCACUUCAUUGAGCUGAUGUGAUCUGGGUGUCUGUAGUGGUCCUUUAAGUGUGUGUGCAUCUGCAUGCACUGGCGUACAUACCGCGGUCGCAGCCCUGCAACCCCUGCGACCAGGUGCCCACCGCAAUGUGUUGCGGCCCUGGCCCGCGCAGAGUAAGCGCGGGGGGGCCACGGAUCAAUUUUCGCGCUGGGGCCCCAUGGGUCAUGUGUACGCCACUGAUGUGAGAGGCUGCUUGUAGGGUGGAGGUGAAUUGUCAGUUGUGUUGUGGGUACUGCGUGUUUGUGUGUUUGCUGUUUGUAUUAUUUGUAUGAAGAGGAGGCUUCUUCUGCAGCUCUGGGUGGCUCCCCUGGAGUAGGUGGGGACCAGGAUAGCCAGGUACAGGUCAAGGACAGGAGCUGCGAUAGCUGCUGCUUGCUGCUCUACUCCAGUGCUGAUUCCCAUUUACUAAUGCUGGGAGGAAGUGAUCUGAGAUCACAAAACUUAAGCAUAAAUUGAACCUAAAUACCAGUGUGAACAGUUUAGUGGUAGUAGGUAGUAGAUCUGAGAUCACUUCCUGUAAUGCUGCAAUGCGUAAUUGCUGUUUAUAUUAGCAGAUCUAAAGUUCCAUUGGGACUCCUGAUAGUCCAGAACCUGUUAAGCUCUGGCAGCUUUGAAUUCCAUGGAACACGUGGAAUAGGUUGCUGACACCUAUUCUAGAUUAUCUCAAUCUAGAUGAGGCUAUUGUGCAUGUGCAGCAAAAUACUGAGCUGUGCCAAUCAGCAUCUCCUCAUCGAGAUGCAUUAAAUCAAUCAUUAACAAAAUAAAGUUGUAAUGGUGCACUGAGUGUCCCUUUAGGUAUGUUAUAGAUUGUGUAUGUAAUUAUGGGACACUGUGUGUAUAUAUACACAUGCAAUCAUAUGGAAAUACAAAAAUGAAAACGGUUUCUACACGCCCCAGAAUAAACUUCACCCUAUGCACAGGUCUUUAGCAUACAACAGAUAAGAAGCAACUGGUCUGUUCUAUUCCUUUUAGAUCUAACGUGUUGAUAUGGAUUAUAGUAUUUACUCAUUCAUAUUGUAACUCUUCUUUUUUUAUCCCAACUUUCUUUCUUACAGAUCUGACAUAUGAAUUGACUGUCAAUACUUCUGACCCAACAGGUAAGACUUAAAGUAUACCCAACUAAGAGCUAAAAUUAUACUCUAUCCAAUGUGCAAAGUAUUUAAAGAGUUGCUCCAUACCUUAUUUGUGGAAAUCAAAGUGGAAUGUGAAAAAAAGUAAAAACAAUUAUCCUUGUUCCAUUUUUGUUUAACAUUUAGACAUAUAUGCUGUGUUUGACAUAUAUGCUUUACCUAACUUUACAUUUAAAAAAAAUGCGCAGCUUUUACUAAUACUUUGUGCGAUGUAUUUUAGUAUGUAAUUACUGCGUUGUUUUUGCACCAUGCAUCACUGUCACUACAUCUUUGUCUCAUUGCGCAAAAAUAAAGAAUAUAUAUAAAAAAAAAAAAGAUUGGUAGCUGACAACAUGCACUCCCAUGAGAUUGUAAUAAGCCAUGUUCUUUCUUUAACGCCAUGCCUUUUUUAGCUGGCCAGGCAAAAUAAACAAUGAACCUGAAAGCAAUAGUUCUAGAACUGUUGUAAUUGUACCGGAGGAAGGCAGAUGUCAUUCCUAUAUUUAAAAAGAGUUUAAAAUCCUUGCCUAGAAGUUAUAGACCUGUGAGCUUAACUUCUGUGGCUGGAAAGUAUUUAAAGGACUAUUAAGGGAUAAUAUUCAGGAAUUAAUUGGGAAGAACUUUGUUAUUAGCAAUAAUCACCAUGGUUUUAUGAAAUAUAGGUCAUGUAGUAAGUAGAAGUAUAGAUCAGGGUGUUGCAGAGCAUGUGAUCUACUUGGAUUUUGACAAGGCAUUUGAUACGGUUCCUCACAAUAGGUUAGUCUUCAAACUAAAAGAAAUUGGUCUACUCUUGUUCUUGGGUAGAACAUAGGCUUAAGGAUGGAGUACAACGAGUGGUCAUUAAUUGUAAUUGUUUUGAGCUGGACAAAAGUCCCUCAGGGUUCUGUUGUGGGACCGUUUAUAUUUAACAUAUUUAUAUAUGAUCUUGAAAUAGGCAUUAAAAGCCAUGUUUUAGUGUUUGCAGAUGACAUAAAACUUUGUAAAGUAAUAAAAUGUGAGCAGGAUAUUGCUUUGCUGCAGAGGGAUUUGGAUAGAUUGGGGGACUGAGCACUAAAAUGGCAGAUUAAAUUUAAUGUAGAGAAAUGCAAAGUUAUGCACUUUGGGGUAAAGAAUGCACAAGCAACUUACACCCUAAAUGGUAGUGAAUUCAGGAUAACAACACAAGAGAAGGAUUUGUGAAUUGUUAUAGACAACAAAUUAGGCAGCAAUAUGCAAUGUCAAUCUGCAGUUGCUAAGGCCAGUAAGGUUUUGUUAUGUAUAAAUAGGGGCAUACAUUCUCAGGAUGAAAAUAUAAUUUUUCUCUUUAUAAAUCUCUGGUAACACCACACCUUGAAUAUGCUGUGCAAUUUUGGGCACCUGUUCUAAAGAAGGAUAUCAUGGCACUAGAAAAAGUGCAGAGACGGGCUGCAAAAUUGAUAAAAGGAAUGGAGCAUUUUAGUUAUGAAGAAAAAGGUUAGAAAUUUUUAAAUAUCUUUAGUUUGGAAAAUAAGCACCUCAAAGGGGAUGCGAUAACAUUAUACAUAUAUAUUUGGGGUUACUGGCCAUUAUCUGGAAAUCUAUUCAUAAACAGGACUAUACAUAGGACACAAGGUCAUGCAUUUAGGCUGGAACAAAGGAGAUUUCAUCUAAGGCAAAGAAAAGGUUUGGGUUUUUUUUUUUUACAGUAAGAACUAUAAAGAUGUGGAAUGCUCUGCCUGAAGAGGUGGUUUUAUCAGUCCAUACAGAUGUUUAAACAGCAAUUGAAUAAAUACUUGCAAAAGCAUAAUAUACAGGGAUCCAAGGAGAUAGCUGACUGCCAUUCUGGGGUAAAAAAUGAAGUUUUUCUUAGUUUGUUGAAAACUUGGAAGCGCUUCAGACUGGGUUUUUUUGCCUUCUUUUGGGUCAACAGCAAAAACUUGAUGGAAGGCUGAACUUGAUGGACGCAAGUUUCUUUUCAGCUAUGUAACUAUGUAACAAGAGAGAGUUAGCAACAUUUGCCCCAGGGAUGAAAUUGCAAUUAAAUGACUUGUUUUUAUUUAUUUAUUUAUGUACAGCUCAAUUAACAGACUUUUUUCAUUUAUUAGAAAGUAUUAAACUAACAGAUGUGAACUUGUGUCAUUGUGAUUCAGGCUGGGCUCUUCUUCCAUUCUAAUUGCAUGACUAAACAGUGUGGCAGUAUAGGUUCAUCAUCCAAAAUGAGAUACAAUGCUUUAUUUUUAGAGAAGGAUCUACAACUAGCAUCAACCAGAUUCCUCCAACUUUAGUUACGGCAGAAUACAUUCAACUGGAAUAGGCUUCAGAGCAUCAUUUAUAUACAUAACACAGAGACAUUAAAGGGACUACAGUCACCAGUACCACUACUGCUUAGUCUAGUAGUUCUGGGGCAAAUAACCUGUCUGCAGGAUUUGCAGUGUCACACUGCCUUUUCUUCCCAAGCCCACCUCUAGCGGCUAUCACUUAGACAGCUAUUAGAGGGACUUCCUGGGUUUAGUCCUGCAAAGAUUGCAGUUCCAAAGUCCAGCAUCUCCACACUCUGCAUGGAGGCACUGAAUGCUCCUCUUAGAGAUGCAUUUAAUUAAUGCAUGUCUAUGAGAUACUGAUUUGUUCAGUGUGGCGUUUUAGUCACACAUGUGCACUAACUUCCCUAUGGGUAAGCAUUGGAUUCAGUGAAAUCAUCAAGGUUGUAGUAGCCCCCUUAAUAUUUAACAAAUUACAUCACAAUCCAGUACAGACAAGGCAAAGUCAGGGCAAACAUUGCGCAUGAAGAGGAGAAAUCAAAACAUUUAAUUUCUCCUUUUCUCUAUGCUGGCUGCAUGGUGCAAAGAACAGAUCUUAUGACCGUGAUUGUCAAAGAGCUAAGAUGGAGGUGCCCAGUUUCAGGUUAAAGAGGUGUGAAUUUCUACAUACUUAUUUUCUAAAUAUAAGUAAACAUAAUAAUAGAAACCCUGGGUUGACAGUUUUAUUUUAAUAACAUGAAAAUAUUCUAUCUGCUAUUUUUGUUUAUAUAACUUUUUUAAUCACUGGUCUAAUUUGAAAUAGUACCUUCCUGUUAGUGGCUCCAGCAUGUGACUUCGUAGCGGGCUUUAUUCACUACACUGCAAAUUUCAACCUGAAUAGCAAUAUUUAGGCCAAAAUAGCCGACUUGGAAAAAUUCUCUAACUAGGCUACUCAUGACCUUAAUUUUGUCGUUCAGUUUUCAAUUUACUGUAGUUCACCGUUUAGUGAACAAAAACCCCAUCAUUUCCUGCACAUUUUUUUGUUUGUGUUUGUUGUUUACUCUUGUGUGUGUCAGAAUGUGAAAUAAGUCACGCUACCUUGGAAACCACUGGAAUGUUUAUGUUGGUGUACAAGUAACCGCUCUGUAUAGAGUUAACUGUCUUAGCUGAUAAUGUCAUUAUCGUAAUAAUAAUCCUUCAAAAGUCUGGCAAAAAUACAAUGCAUUACCUUCUCACAGAAAACCUCCAUGGACACCAAUGUAAUAUUUCUGAUGAUGGUUAUAUUUUAAAAAGUUUGUCCUUGAAUUGUUUUUGUACAUAACUCAGACUGUAUUCUCUUUCUGUGAAAGGUUUUAAUUAGUGUAAUGUUCAGAUUUAUUACUUAUUUAAUGGAAAAGCUGUGAUACUUUCCUGUCUCGUUAACCAGACACUGAUUAUCAUUAGGAAUUUGUCUUUGUUUUUCAGCAUUUGGGUAGGAUUAAAAAGACUGUUUUAAUCAACACCUUUAUGGAAUAAGACAUUAUUAAAAUGUCCCAUUUUGAAUCCAGUAAGUUGCAGGAUCGAAUAGUUUUAAGAAGAAUACUACAACCUCCUAAAAAUCCACGUAGUGAGUAUACUAACUUUAAAGGGACACUCUAACUGCUAGAACCACUAGAGCUUAAAGGGACACUAUGGCAUUCUCAAUACAAACAUGUAUUCCUUAUGCUAUAGUGUUCUUCUAACUAGUUAGAUGACACCCCCAAUAAAGGAGUUUACUUACCUUUCUUUCCCUGCCUCCCCGACUGGGAUCUUGAUUAUGUAAAUUAUCGCCCUGUGCCAAUCAGCAUCUAGUGUCCAUUUAAUGUAGUUGUUCUGGAGCAAAGAGAAUGUUCCUGCAGUCUGACAAUUGUAAAUACUGCUUUUUUUCUGAGAAAAAAUGAGUGUUUACAUUUGCCCUCAAGGCCACAUCUAGUGGCUGUCACUCAGAAAGCCACUAGAAGUCCUUCCUGGUCCUGCAAUGUUUGGAGGACCGACAUAAAGUGUCUUCACAUUUUGCAUGAAAAUGACAAAUGUUCCCCAUAGAGAUGCAUUGAGCUAAUGCAUUUGUGUGAAGAGAUGCUAGUUGGCACAGCGUGGUGAUUGCCAUUACAGGUGAUCUUUGCCAAUCUCUAUCAACAUGCCUAGGAUUUUGUAUAGCCUAGUUUCUCUUGUCCAAUAGUUAACCUAGACAUGUUCUGCUUAGCCUGCAAUUUACACUGCUUAAAAAUGUUUUUUUUUUUUUUUAAAAAUAGUAUACUCAAAUGCCUUGUAACUAAUACGCGUUGUCCAAUUAACUGUAUUACCAGUGCUGUUGGGGCAUUGAAAGAUUGUCUGUUAAACAUGUGCACACAAAAAUAAAGAAUUUUAAAAAAUAAAAAAUUGUUGAACGCUAAAUGGAAGGACAACGCAAUAUGACACUAUAACCACUUUACUGAGAUGAAGCUGUUAUAUUGUCUUUAGGGUCCUUUUUAAAGGAGCACUACAAACACCGUAGCCACUACAUUCUCCUGUAAUCGUUAUGGUGCCAAGCGUGCCCUAACACCCACUCAUGUAAGUAGUUAGCAGAGGUCCACUGGGCACUGCUCCCUGUCUUUACUACAGUUUUCAGUACAGCUGGAAGCUCUCUGUCUGAGCUAACCCUGGUGGUACAAAUGUGCAAUGACUUGGCUCAUUGGCUGAGAGCGAUCAACUGACACUCUCGGCCUAUGGACAAACCCUGCACUGCAAUGCUUAGUUUAGGAGAGCUAACAGAAGCUCCUAAUCAGAAGCUUCCGGCUCUAAAAAGAGACAACCAGUGGACACCAGGUAAAAAGUCAAGCCAUUAUCAAACAGUUUGAUUACUCACAGUUGUAGAAGGAGCACUCCCGACACUAUAACUACUACAUAAUGCUCUAGUGGGUAUAGUUCUUGAAUCUUCCUUUAAGACCUGGACCUCUCCCACUCAAAUAGAAAACUGGAGCUUAGCUUAAUUUUUGGUAAUGGUGCAGUAGGAAGCGUUUCUUUUUAGUCAUUAUUAAAUUCCUGAGCAGAGAAAACUAGCUUCUGCUAAUUGCUAAGUAAUAUGCUACCUAAGAGAAGGGGAAAUCUCUGAAAUUUUGUGUGUAAAUAAUAAUUAUUAUAAAAUAUACCAUGGUGUAGGUUGUGAAUAAAAUUAAUGUUUAUAACACCCUUUUCCAGUUUGGGGUUUUGCUCCUUGAGUAUAACAUUCCCCCCUGCGGGUAGUGGUAGAUGGAUUUUACAUGAUAAAUAUUGCAUUGCAUUUCUGUUCCUUCUGCACUGAUAAGCCCUUGGCUGACUUGACGUGUUGUAGCUUAAAAUGACUAAUUGGACAUAUAAAGAACAAAAUGAGCUCAAUACAUUGAUCUAAUUUUUAUUAUUUUAUGAUUGUUUUUAUGAAGAAGAUAUUGCUGGAACUGAUUUUUAUUUCAAUAAGACAAAACAUGAAUUUUACACUAUAACUACUACAUAAUGCAGUAAAUAUAUCCACUGAAAUAUUUACUGCAUUCCCACUAGUCUCAUGACUUUUUUUAUUUUAUUGGAUUGUAAAGAAACAUGAACACUAUGAAUAAAUAUAUUUAUAAUGUUAGUGUUCCUCUGCUAAUUUAGAUUAUUGGACCCCCUGUAAAUUAGAAUAAAGACUUUAAACUUCCCCUUUUAUCACCCGGUUUUUCUGUGACUGCCGCUUCACCUCUUCUGAAAUAAUCAUCAUGGAAGGUCUUAAAUAAUCCACCACCUCAGCCAUUAAGAUAGGCUGUCGCUCCUCCUCUUCUGAAAUCGUUGUCAUAGAAGGUCUUGACUUUAACUAAUUUGUUAUGAGAAGCAUUGCAACACUGAACAUGAAGACUUUCAGUUACUAAAAAUCUUUCCAAGGAAAUGCUAACUGACAGCCACUAGAGGCAUUCUGACAGACAAAACAGAGCAGUUUGUUAGAAAUGGAAAUAUUUCCAUUUGUCAGACUACUGGAACAUCAAAAAACACAAGGAAAAGUAGUUGUUUUGGUGCUUGAACUGUACCUUUUAAGGGGAAAAAGUGAAUUAAACAUAACAAUGAGGGUCCAAUAUGUAUUGUGCAGUUCUCUAUCCUCUUCCUUUUAGCAGCAUAGUCCAUCUCUCAAUGGUACUAUUUACAGAUGGGGAAAAUUCCUUGAAAUUAAAGGUCUUCCCGUAAAUAGCUUCUUCAUUUUUAUUGAUUCAAAACGUAACAAGACACCAUUAGUGAAUUGGAAGAUGUGAUUCCAAGGUCACCUACUACAUUAAUUCACUCGGUUAAAUUGAUUUUCAGGCAUGGUGAGAUAUAUAAGCAUCCUGAUCAAGUGACAUAGACCGCCUUUAUAACAUGUCAUUUUCGGGUCCUAAAGCUCAAACGCUGCAUAUUCUUAUAGUUUUCUUUAUUAACCAUUUAGGGGAGAUCUUUCAUCAGCUGAAAAAAAAGAAAUCUAAGUGCUCAAGUCUUUGAGCAUUGUGUUUUGGAGCUGAUCGUUGGAAUUACAAUUAAAAUAAACCCAUGUCUGGUUGAUCACCCUUAAUGUUGAAUAUGCCAAGUUAUAUCACUGUUUACUACUAUAUACUAUAAUAUAUGCCUAUUCAAUAAAAUAUUUCUGCCAACAGAAACUAAAAUGUUUAUUUUUGUUAUAAGUCAUUUUAUCUGAACAUUGUACAGCGCUACGGAAUUUGAUGGCGCUAUAUAAAUAAUAAAAUAAUUGUAUAUAGUACAUUGAAAAGGCAUUGUGCAAAUAAUUUUUUUUUUUCUCUUUCUCAAAAACAUUACGUGGUUUAAAAGCUCUGUGCUAUUGGUGAUCUGUUGUCAACUACGUUAUGAAAUGUUCUCUUUAAAUCCCUUCCCUUUGUAACCUGGAUGUACACAGGCUGAAUUUACUUUUUGUUUAGCAAAGUGAUAUAAAAACAUGCGCAUCAUUUAUUUCUCCCACUGGUGCAGUGUAUUUGUUUAACUAACCUAUGGUUAAUAGUCAAAUUUUAGAAUCACACCGCAUAAUUAACUUUUCUAAAAAUGUCACUUUUUUUGUUGUUUAGAAAAUGGCAUUUCAAGAACUGAUGAACUAAGGAGGAAAUGUGAAGAGCUGGAAGCUCAGCUGAAAGACAAAGAAACCGAAAACAAUGAACUAUUGAAGGAGUUGGAACAGAAAAAUGCAAUGAUUAUGGUGCUGGAAAACACAAUCAAGGAAAGAGAAAAGAAAUAUUUGGAAGAACUGAAAGUGAAAAGCCAUAAGUUGAACAUGCUUUCCAGUGAAUUAGAGCAGAGAGCUAGCACCAUAGCAUAUCUGACAUCACAGCUCCAUGCUACCAAGAAAAAGCUGCUGAGCUCUAGUGGAACAUCUGAGGUGGCUCCACCUGGUAGCCCAGUGCUGCCUAGCUAUAAGCCAUCUCCUCCCAAAGACAAACUGCCAGAGACUCCAAGGAGAAGAAUGAAAAAGAGCCUCUCCACGCCGCUCAAUGCAGACUUUGCUGAGGUUUACAGGCUUGGCGCGGAUGGCAGAAAGAUUAUGCUGCGUGAGCCUGUAGACGCCAUGCCUGACCCAACUCCAUUUUUAUUGGCAAGACAGUCUAUGGACACACAGAUUAUAAAAGAGAGACCACUUGUGAUCCCUCCCAUUCGCUCCGAUUCAAGCAGCCCAGCCAAAGAGAAGAAACAAAAGGCACACAUUGGUGUAGCACAUCGCAUUCCCCAUGCAACUGCAGUCCAGAAUCAGCCGGUGCCUCAGACAGAGGUGGAAACAUUGGCAGUGGAUCAAGUUAAUGGCAGUAAAGUUACUAGAAAGCACUCAGGAACUGAUAGAACUAUUUGAAAAGGAAAAGAAAAUCUAACACCACAAUAGAACUUUAACUAUGAUGCUUUCAUGCACUGUUUGAGCAGAUAUGACAUAAAUACCAAAUGUAGAAUUUUUUUUACCUACUUAUUAUUUUAAUCUUCUUGAGUGCUACACUUUGCCACUCAAAGUUGGAUUCAUCCUGCAUGCCAAAUAUAAUCAGGGUCUCAUAUGAUAAAAUGAAUUCUGAUGUUCUAAAAUACAAAGUACUCAAUUUACUAAGCUCCGUGGUGAAAUUAUAAGCCUAUUGCUGCUUGCUGUAGACCUAAAUACAAGUUACUGACAAAAGCAAAGGCUUCAGGCAUUACCACUUAUUCUGUAACACUCCUCUAGGUAGAAAGUUAUUUUAAUCUGACAGUUUAAAAUAUAUUGUGUAAACGUUAAGAAUGCUUCUCUUGAUAACAAAUUCACACUAUGUAUAAACAAUGCCUCUGUUGUGGCAGCACAUUAAAUAAUGCAGUUAUAUGUAUAUGUCUGACGGAAUUUAAUAAGACAAAUAUACUUCCACUGAGACAAUAGUAUUAUUUAUCUUGACAGAGGCUUUGUACACAUUGGACUUGGGUUCAACUGAUCACAGAAAUACAAAUCCUAAAUGUAAGGGUAUGGGCACCUCCCAUAAUGCUUCCAACACUGCGGAUGUGUCAAUAAUUUGGAUUUGAAAAUCAAUAUGGCUGACUGCAGUCUGUCUCAGAAUGCUAAUACUUCUAAUCCUGGAUAACAUUACAACACAUUAUUUCCUAAAAAAAAUGGAGAUAAUAUGUAAUCAUACAGUUGCAAAUAAUGUUAUUAAGAAGAGUUGAAUAUACUAGUGUGACACUUGAAAUACUAAAAAAACAAAACUUGCAAUGUACAACAAUUAAAUCAUUAACUAUAGAGCUCAUUCUUUAAUUUUGUCCCUGUUGAAAUUUAUGCCAGUGCAAGGCACUCACAGUGAAUUGGAAGAAUGGGUAUUGGUGGUUUAGGUACUAAAACAGAGGGCACUGAAAUUAUUUGUUAACCCC